CAAUUUGGUUUUACACAAUGCUUUUAUCUUAUUUUCAUGACAUCAUUAUUUUCCUUUCAUUAGGUUAAUUUUUUGAUCGCACAAAUAGCUGCACUAUGCCUGGCCAGACUGUUUCGGAAACCAUUGAAAUUUGCUUCGCCAGAAUUUCGUCAUUCCGUGUGCCUUGUUAUAGGUUUGAUAAUGGGAUAUUUCUGCUUUGGAAAACAAGCAAUUCACUUAUCAGUGUUACCGAUGAUGAGUUACAUAUUGUUAAAAACAAUACCACAACAUCUUAUGGGAAACGUUAUAUUGGCUACCUCGAUGUUAUAUUUGUCAUGUCUACAUUUGCAUCGACAAAUAUAUCAUACAGCGGACUAUACUUUGGAUAUAACAGGUCCACUAAUGGUAAUAACUCAGAGAGUGACAUCUUUGGCCUACACGUUACAAGAUAGUGUAGCUCAUAAUGAAAUAAAUUCUAAUUCUACGAGCAAAUCUAAUGACAUCAGAGUGAUGAAAAUUCCAUCACCUCUUGAAUACUUCGCGUUUACGCUGGCAUUCCAGACGCUUAUGUGCGGCCCCGUUGUUUUCUAUACUGAUUACAUCAAGUUUAUUGAAGGCCCCCGAGUCAAUGAGGUAAGCGAGGUGGCGUGAGUCGCGCGCAUGAAU